GUUCAAAUAUGGAUUUCGUAAUAGCUGACACCAGCCAGGCUUAUCUCUCAUUGAGCGUCCAUCGAAUAUCCUACGAUGACCGUCCACCGAACCAUCUCAGAGUGGGCAGAUGCUCCAUCCUGUCGCACGUUAUGGCGUCCGAGGAAGUCGUAGCGUUCACAGACGCCUCGCCCAAAAUCCAAAUCCCCACCUUUAUCUCCGUCUGCAAGAUCCCGUUCAUAAACAGGUGUAACAACGUCGAGCUCGCUUGGAUGCGGGCGACAAGCUUGUUUGGCUCGGUCGCCAUGUCAGCCUCCAGCAUGCUCGCUAAAAUGAGCGAGUUUUUGGUGCACUGUGCGUCACUGGCUCACAGCGCUUCCAAAUCUGCUUCCUGCCAAAAGUAUUUUUAGCGUAAGUUGCCCGCCUCUGCAUCUUCCUGAUUAUCGUUUGCAGUAGGCACAUUCCACAGCGUCGAAAGGUUACCUUUUACUUCCUAUCCACUGGCCUUUCCUGCAUCUGCCCCGACAUGUGGUAGAAGUCCGCUCCGGUGUUGCCGUACAGGACAAAGAACUUGGCGGCGCCGACGCUGACCUGGUGGCUUGGGUGGAGGAAAGUGCCACACGCUGCGGGAGGGUCGGAUGAGAGCAUGCGGUCCAGGAAGUGCACCAUGCGUACUACGUUGCCCUUGAUGCAGCUGGCUUUGGAGGCGAGGGUGCAUACGAGGUCGACUGAGGAGACUUGCUCGAGGGUGGUGCCGUUGGGUCGCUUUACGAAGACGACGCGAUGGUAGCUGUAAACGAGGUUAGAAGAAGGUUGAGAAUGGUGGAGCACGUUAAAUUGAUAGGUGUAUACAGU